AGCCAAUAGACGUCGUUGACGAUUUGAACGAGGAAAUUGGAGUAAAAAGUCUUACUUAUUUUGAUUCAGACGUCAUGGAAAUAGAACCAUUAUCCACUGAACGACCACAUGUUCGGCCCGCACGUAGGCAAGUGUAUACUUGUCAACCCCCUUCACAGCUUUAGAUAAACGGACUACAAAAUCAAUCACCACCACCUCUCAGUCUCAACCAUCCGUCUAUGAUCCUAUGCACAAAAUACCUGACGCCCAUUUAGAUCGACUCAGAGCUUGGAUCACAGACAAGCGUACGAAAGAUGAGGUGCGUGAAACUUUUCACGGGAAAAAAUCGAAGGAGUUUUUCAGAGACUUGUUCAUGUGUCGUCGGUGGUUGGCGGAUGAGCAUUUGGAUGCACUGUUUCUUCUCAUUCGCUUCAACAUUAAGACAGCCAUGAUACCUUUUGCUCAAAACUUCACAACUGUAGACACACUAUUCAUGCGACUAUUAGUUGCGAAGUGGCCUGAAUACCAAGAAUGUAUUAAAGAGAAUCGACCAUUUCACUGGAAGGAGGAGUAUCAGUUGGUUGACUAUGUUGUCGGAUCAAAACAAGACUGUCAAGAUCCUUGGGUGAAUGUUGAUUACAUUUACUCUCCAUUCAAUGUCCAUGACAAUCAUUGGAUUCUAUUAUGCUUGGACUUGGUACGUUGUCAAGUUAAGGUAUGGGAUUCGCUUCCGUCGCUUACGAGUGCCGAAAAUAUGAGAAGCAUAUUAGAGCCAAUUCAAGAGAUGGUGCCAAAUUUGCUCGAUACUACUGGAUUCUUUGUUAGGAGAGGCGGAUCAUCAACACACAAGGAACCUUGGCCACUUGUCAUUGUCGACUCCAUUCCACUUCAACGCAACAAUAGUGAUUGUGGUGUAUUUACAAUUAAGUAUUUCGAAUAUGAAGCUUCUGGUUUAGAUGUAGCUACAUUAUGUCAAGAAAACAUGUCAUAUUUUAGAAAACAAUUGGCAUUUCAAUUAUGGACCAACAAUCCCAUGUAUUGACUUUUAGUUCCAACUUUUGAAGGAAUUGUAUAUGUUCCAAACUAUGUACAUAAAUAGUUUUAUAUAAUGGAAUGAAUACCAUUUUUGUUU